CCAUCCUUCCAUCUGUUGUCCUAUCUUCGUUCAACGCAGCACUAAUCGUAGCUGCAUCGAGCAUAUUUACUAACCUUCAGUUGUAGAGCAGACACCUACAUGCAACCGAGGAUGUCAAGUCAUAAGAAUAUGGGCUCACAUUUAAUCACAGGAAAAAUGCUUAGUUUCGACCUCUUCCUGAUACAUUUUGAUCCCAAGCUAUCGAUCAUAGUCGCUGCAGGCACAUCCAGCCAAGGCGUCGGUGCCGUCAUCUCUUACAUGUUCCCAGACAGCUCGGAAAAAGUAAUCAUGCAUGCUGCUCAUAAACUUAUACUAGUCGAGAAGUAUGCUCAACUCAAAAAGGAAGCUUUGGCACUAGUAUUCGCCGUGGGGAAGUUUCACAAAAUGGUCUAGUUCAGCUUGCUAGCCGACCACAAAACGUCCCUUACUAUUUUAGGCUCUAAA